UAUAUCGCAUGGUUUUCAUACAUCAUGGACCAAACAGACACGUAUGUAUUGUGUGUAUUGCUGACUUCGUGACCACUGGCCAGUUGAUGGAUGAACAGGCCACUGCCACCAUUGCUAUAUAUAUGCCCGGCCAUCAUGAAUGUUUCUUCCAACCACACAGACACCACCCCUGAAAAUGACCAUCCGAUCAACAAUCCUGCUUGUCUUCUGCUUCCUGGCAACCACCACGGCGUAUCUUCCCUUCAUGUCACGACGUUUCCCAAUGCGACUACCGUUCCCCAUGCAUCUUCCCCUGCGACGGCCCAUGCCAUACCAUAUGGGUGCAUUUCGUGGCCACCUCGGAAUGGGAUUACCUGCAGUUAUAGGCGGAGGUGGCGUCCACUCCAUAGGUGGUGGCGUCCUUGGUGGCGGAGUCGUCUCUGGAGGCAUCAACGUCAUCGACGGAGGAAUGGACGUUAAUGUUGUUGGGGGAGGUUUUGGUCAAGGUUCUUCUCAAGUAAUCUACUUUGGAGACGGGCCGGACACACCUGAUCACUAUAUGAUAGGCUGACUGGCUUCUAAUCCACUACAAUCCGACGGAGACAGAAGAUAUUGCCUUCACGACUACUCCUUGAGCAU